UGUUGGUGGUAUUGAAAGUAUACCACAUUCAUGGUAGAUUAUUUCAAUAACAAUAAUUCUCAUGUAUAUAUAUAUAGUGAUAUUAUUUUAGGCCAUGGAUUGUUAGUAUUCGAUUAGUUUCCACGAAUUCUCCUUUUUGUGGUGCAUAUUUCAAUCUGUUAAUUAGUCUUCUAAUUCUUCUCAUUUUUUAAUGUUUAUAUUUAGGUGGUUCACUUAUUACUGAUCGAUAUGUUCUUACAGCUGCUCAUUGUUUUUAUGAUGAAUUAAAAAAGACUGGUGGUAGAACAACUGAAGCAAUUAGAUCUAAAUAUAUCUUUGUAAUUGGUGCUCAUUAUUCAAUAGAAAAAAAUACAUAUUUAAAUAGUCAUUUACAUGUAUCAGCGAAUUUAAUUAUUAUACAUCCACAAUAUGAUACAAAUACCAAAGUUAAUGAUAUUGCUCUUAUUGAAUUAAGUAGAUCAAUUGAUUUAACUGAUAAAACAAUUGGUUUUAUAUGUUUACCAAUGGCUACAUUACGUUAUCCAAAAUUAUUUCCAUCUGAUCGAGCAGAUGCUAUUGCUAUUGGAUGGGGGCGUAUACGUGAAGGUUCUUUUGGUCGUGCUAGUAAUGUACUUUUACAAGUUGAGUUACCUAUUCAAUCACCUUAUAUUCGACCAUCAGAUUGUGCUGAUCAAGUAUAUGAUCCAGAAAAACAAUUUUGUGCUGGUUUUAUUCAAGGUGGAAAGGAUACUUGUCAAGGCGAUAGUGGUGGACCAUUAAUGUUGACUUAUAAUCAAACAUGGCAAAUUGUUGGGAUAACUAGUUAUGGUGAAGGUUGUGCACGAGCUCGUAAACCGGGUGUGUAUACUCGUGUAAGUGUCUAUCGUGAUUGGAUCAAUUAUACAAUAAGCAAAAAUAUAUUGAAUUAUGAAACACAACUUUUUAAUAUACCAAAUAAUAUUGAUAUGAGUAAUGAUCUAGAAAUUUGGUGGGAUAGAGAAGU